AACAUGGACUAGGCUUGUUCAUUUUCACAAUGUUAUAACACGGGAUAAAUUAGUAAUCUAUUCGUUAAUUAACGCCCGUUUUAGGACUGUGAGAUCAAGGGUGUUCAUUGCGCCAAGAGUAAACGUGAAAGAGAACUUGCGGUCUGCAGCUCGCUGCGCGCUGUCACGAUAUCCUUCUCGCUUUGACUGUCAAGUUCUCUUUCCUCGCUGAGACAACGUCAAAGGCUGGGCGGCUCAGCCUCUCUACAAGCUUAAAUCAUCUUUCAUGACGCGCCGUUGGUGAAUGAUUUUUUGCGGGAAUUCAAGACGAUUGUGAUGAAGGAUCAAAACUACACCGAAGAAGUAGUCAAAAUACUUCAAGAAGCGCCGUCGGCGAGACAGGCUCUUUUGGAAAACUACCAAAACCUGUACAAUGUGGCGGACUACUGCGAGAAAAACUAUCUCGAGGCAGGAGAUGAAUCCCAGAAGGCUCUGGAGGAGACCAAGGCCUUCACGACCCAGUCCCUGGCCAGUGUGGCCUACCAGAUCAGCAACAUGGCCAGCAGCGUCCUGAAGCUCCUGGAUGCCCAGACCUCUCAGCUGGGCCAGAUGGAGUCCUCCAUCAAUCUCAUCGGACAGACAGUGGCCAUGCACAGGGAGAAAGUGGCUCGCAGGGAGAUUGGCGUUUUCACGGCGGCAAAGAGGGUGCCUCGUAGCCACAAGGUCAUCCCCCCGGCAACAGGCAAAGAGCCCAAAACCAAGUACACCCGCACACCCAUUUCCUAUGCCAGUCUAGACUCACUCGGCCAUGGCAUGAAGGACUCCGGGAAGCAGGUGGACCGGACCGCCACCAUGACACGCAAGCCCGGCGGCACGCUUGGGAGAAGUACCCGGCCACUUGAACCUGUCCAGUGCCCGGUUGCCCCGACGAUGUCCCGUGGCGCAUCGCUCACGUCUCUCAGUGACCGCUCCACUGGGUCUAGUUUUGGGAAGGCCGUAGCCCCGCCGGUCGUGCCCAGCUGGCCCGCUGAAGCGGACAUCACGAGCACGAUACUGGAGGACGGGGCUUUGCUGCCGCCGCCGCUGAUGGACGAGGACGGCGGCGUGGUCGAGGUCGAGGUCCAGGACUUCGUCCCGCCCCCUCCUCCGCUGCCCUCCGCUGGCGACUCCGCGGAAGUGGCCCCUCCGCCUCCCCCUCCACCACCACCACCCCCCGUGGAGGCGUCGGCACUGCCCCCACCCCCAAUCGCCCCACCCCCCCCGCCCGCCCCACCUGCCCCACCUCUGGAGACAGUGGCAGAGGAGAACGGCUUUCCCCCUCCCAUUCUCAUGGAUGAUGCCCUCCCUCCUCCAAUCAGUGAUUGCACUGACCUUCCACCUCCCCCUGUCCCGCCAUUGGACGAGCUUGAAGAUCUGGAGAUUCCUGCACCACCACCGCCACCCCUUGACUGCUUUGAUGGCUUCGAUGACAUGCCACCUCUCCCUCCCCCUGUGGACUACGACUCGGCUGUCCCAGCUAAUUACCUCGAGAAAGUGGUGGCGCUGUACAACUACGAGAAAGGCAAUGCGGACGACUUGGCCUUCAAGGAGGGAGAUAUCAUCUACGUCACGAGCAAAAACGAGGAUGGCUGGUGUGAAGGGGUGUUGAACGGAGUGCAGGGCUUCUUCCCUGGGAAUUAUGUGGAGACGGCUACAUAACAAGGGCAGUGUGUUAUUACAUGAACACACACAACAUGGCAAUAAUAUGCUGCACAUCACAGUGAAUUACAAAUGUGAUUAAGUGUUAAGCUUAAAAGCUCAGUAAGCAAUUUUAUUUGGCAGAAAGUUUCACUGUAAGUGUGUGUCUCUAUGUAUGUAUGUAUGUAUGUCUGUAUGUAUGCAUGUAUGUAUUGUGUGUGCUGGGGCAAGAGGUUUAGACCAAAGUUUGUGGAGUUUGACGACUUCAAUGCCCGAAGAGUCAAAGGCACAUCACUAUCUUUAAGUGGAAUUAAAACUUUGUCCAUCUGAUGUUUAAAAGCACACUGGUCAAACUAGCACACAUUGUUAAUACCCAUAACUUAAAAAUCCUGAUUUAACCUUUUAUUUUGUUUUAACUCUCCAUCAGGACAUCAGUCAGGCAGAGACUAGAAACAGGCACACUCACGACAAACAUACAAAAAGAUGAUAGUCAAUCUGUCAGAGUACCCAAGACAGGAUGACAAGUAUCUCUUUACCUGCAGCAUACCUCUUCACUUCCUAGCACUUAGACUGUCCCGGCUGUCACAGCCACCGAGAGAAGUGGCGUACGUCUGCUGCGCAUGUUGUGUUUGUCUUCAUCCUGAGACUAAGGACAUGUCCUGAGACAUUAGUGAUGGGUGGUAAUUACACAGUUAGUGCCAGAUCAUUUAACACAAUCUCUAUAAAUUCCCCUAGCAUUGCCUUUACAGAACAAGCUAGGACAGUUUUACAAUCACACACAGCAGCUGGGCAGUCUGCUCAGUCUUGCUCAACAGGUCAAUUUCCCAGCCUUGUCUUUACGUAUAGACUGCAACAGAGGAUUGGUCCUUGCUAGUUUCUCAGGAGUCAGCAGCAGAGUUAAUGUGUAGUCAAACUAAUUUUGUCGGUGUGAUGCAAACUAAAAUAAAGUAAUAUAUAUUUUGUAAAGGGAAAUUAAUUUUGUAAAUAUAGUUUUCAAGAAAUCUGUGUAAGUUGGCAAUUUCCACAGGCAUAUUGUAUGUAUAUGUAAGACAUUAACUUACAUUAAACAUCUCUUUACAUCUC